AUGUGUUCUGAAACCCUACAUGCCAGUAUGGGGGAUGAUUUUGAUUGCAACUUGAGGACAAUGGCAGCGAAGUUUACGACGGAGGAGUUGGAGGAUUUGGCGCACGUGGACCUCGAUGAGGCUUUGGUGGAGGCAAAUAUCUGCAAUAAUACGUUUGACGCGGAGUUAAGCCGUCGUGUGUCUCAAGAGUUGUGUGAUGAUUUUGUUCAGACGUUCCUUGGCGACGACGCGGUACCAUCGUUGCACCUUCAGAUGCAAGACUGUGAUGAGUCUCUCGCUGGCAUCGAACACAUCCUUGAGCGGUUUAUUGUCAAUCUGGAGUCGAUUCAGCACGACAUUGGAGAUGUGCGUGAACGGCUGAAGCGGAUUGGGGUCAGCCUUACCCACGCGAGGAAGGCAGAGCAGGCGGUGUGGAAUGUUGCGUCGCGUCUUAUUGUGCCACCGGACGUGGUGCGCAUUAUUAUUCACUCCAAUGAUGAGGAGCUCGGGCCGCAGUUCAAGCUGAGCAUGCAGCAAUUGCUGAUGUUCCUGCGUUACCGUAAAGAGGGGAGCUGCCAAAUUGAGUCCGGCGCAAAGACACUUAUUUCCUUCGCCGCGUGUCGAAUUUACGCCGAGCAACUGGAGAUUCUUGACCGCCUUACCGUUCAUGCCUGCGUGAAGACGAAGCGGUUUCUCUCAAAGAAAUUGACUUAUCUUAGCGUUAGGAACACCAAUGUGUAUGUUCAACAGGAGCACGUUUUAAAGCCUCACGCAUUUUAUGUGCACUUCCUUCGAGCCGCCGUCCCCCUUUUGCGGCAUCCGCAUCAAAAUGGCGAGAUGGACCCUGAAUCUCCGGUACUUCUGCCAUACCGCAUUGCCAAGGCGCUGUAUGAUGAGCUGCGGGGCGAGUAUACUGAAAUUAUGUCGCAGUUGUACCUUGACCGAUUCCGACACUAUGUGAUGAGUCUAAAUGCGAUGGAGAAAUCCACCCAAACCGUAAAUGCCGGGGUUUCCCCCGUUGCGUAUGUUCUUCCUUUGCUUAUUGAGUCACAGGGGGUGACACCGUCAACCGUAUUUGAAUUGGGCGAGCGUGCCGCCAUCCUGAACGAAGUGCUCAGCCCACCUUUGGUGCCUCUGUUGGAACGAGCUAAGCGGAGGCUACAUUUUUACGAAGAGACGUUUCGCUCCUUAAAUGUGCUUCUGUGCGACGCUGUGACACAUGAGUUCCUUUUUACUUUUGCGUUUUUCUCCGGUGAUAUGUCCAUCUUUGUUGACGUUUUUAAGCCCACCAUUCAGUUCAUUGUGGAUUAUGUGUCUGAAGUGAUGCUUGGUCAAACGGGUGGCUCUGUUACCCGUGCAAUGCGUGACCAGUUCCCACACACAUCAGUCAAUCCAAAUUGUCGUUACGACUGUUACGGUUUGCUGCUGCUUAUUCGUCUCUGUCAUGACUUUCGUUCACUUAUGAAGGAUGUAAGGCGGCUCAGCUGUCUUGAAGGAUUUUAUGACUCCUUGUUGCUAUUAUUGUGGCCGGCAUUUCAGCGGAACUAUGAACGGCAGAUGCUUUCUUUACGAUCGGCUGAUGUUAUGAGUCUUUCGCGUGUUCUGUUGCGCCGUCAGGGUAGUACGGAAUGUGAGUGGGUGAGGUGUAUUCAUCCAUUGAGUCAGCAAUACGCGGCGUUUGCCUUGUCGCUCGUGACGAUUAGCUCGGGCUGUGGAUUUGAUGAGAAAACUGACGAAAGCAAGCUGUCACUCCGUUCGAACUCUGUGGAUGAAGUGAAUGGAAGUGCUGAGAGCAUGAAUAAUGAGGAUGAGAUUAAUUUUUCGGAGUUGCGACGUAUUGCAUGGCGUGCUAUUGAAGCGGAACGCGUGUCUGAUGCAGCGGACAGUGCAUCCCGUUUUGCAGUGCUUACAGGGAAUCUUAAAUUCAUGCGAGUGGAAGUUCUGCGCUUGCUGCGGGACGUGGGACAACAAUUGGUUGAGAGAGGCUUGACGCACCCAGAGACUCGUGAGAUGUACGUUCUUGCAUUUUUGCUGAAUAACAUUCGCUGCAUUAUGUUUACAUGGAGCGACUUUCUUUUGAGCAGCGGUUCGUCAUCACUUGAAGAGGACUACCGAGCGCUUGAAGAAGUUGAGCGAACGCAGAGAAGUGGGUAUGUGGAUGCUCUUUUGCGGAUGUAUUUUCCAUUCCUUUACCAUGUCGUGCAGCAGGAGGAGACUGCGGAGAGGGAUCCGGCAAAAUUUUUGGAUUCCGCGGAUGCCUUCACACAUAAUUGGAAGCGUGAACUCGACGAUGUUUGCGGUGCGGUGCGAUCGAUGGUUGCGGACUCCGGACACGAGGGUGAGCUGCUUGCAGAAGUCUGCAUGGAGGUGUUGCUGCGCAACACACGUCUUCACGGGUGCGUGUCGCGGGUGUUUGCGGCGGCGUCGUCCUCUUUCUUGGAUGCAGACGGUGCUAGCCGCCCAAUGAGGUCUUUUAUUGUGACAAACCAACAGAUGCUGCAGCACAUGCGAACACUUGCAACUAUUCCAGAGGAUCAGGAGGAAGUGAUGCCAAGUGCGAAAUUGGGAGGGGGAGAGAGAUAG